AGCUGACAUGCUAUUCACUAUUUUUAGCUUUACACCCACACAGCUUUUUGUCAAUUAGUUGAAAAUGAAUCUUUUGUAUUCCGGAAGGAGGGACUCUUUGUGGUUUGAGGAAUCUAAUGCAGUGGAGAACAGCAGAGAUCAUCUCUGAAAUGCCAUGCAUGUUGCAGAACUUAUGAAGAAUCAUUGUAGUGUGCUUAAUAAAUCGAGAAGAGCAUAAGUCUUUCAUGUCAUUUAACAACACGGACUUGUAUGAAAACACUUGAGCUUAAAAUCAGAGACUUGCAGCAUGGAGCCAAAAUGGGCACUGCUUUUGGGUUUCUUUCUGUCGUCAUGCAGUGAAUAUAUCACAGGAUUAACAUUCGACUGUGGUGAUGGUUGGUGUACAACUACAGAGGGAAGUUACACCGACAUUAGAGCUGAUGAAGCAGUACAAUGUCACGGUGUUCAGUGUCUUAAGAAUGGGCCUUCUGCAUCUGUUCAUCCAGCUUUACAGAUCUCUGAUGAUCCAGAUUUGGAGAUCUCUGGUGAUCUAGAUUUAGAGAUCUCCGGUGAUCCAGAUUUAGAGUUCUCUACAGAUUUUGAGAUCACUAAUUAUACAACUUACGGGAUCCCAACUGACUCCAAACAUUGUCAAGAUAUUAAUGAGUGUUCAGAAACUCCAGAUAUUUGUGGCACAAACGGAGACUGCAUCAAUCAUCCAUGUGGCUUCAGCUGCAGAUGUCAUCAGGGCUACACAAACUACGGAAACAACCAGUCCAAAUGCAUUCAAAUCGACUGUGAUCAGUUUAAUUCUAAGCCUGAUGGAGACCACGCACCAGAGAAGUUGAAUCAGAUGAUGUCUCUGCUGAAGGACAGCUGCGAGUCUCUGAAUGAUCCAGUAGGAAAACAUUUAAAUGCAGAGGAGCUACUGGAGAGCUUGUGCAAUUCCACUGAUGAUCUGCUGUUGGAGGGGAAAGUCGCUGACAGUGAGAAUCUGAGUGUAUUUCUGGACAUGGUGGAGAACAGCAUGCGUCUGAUUGGUCCUCAGCUGAAAGAGCCUGUGACCAAGAUGGAGACGCAAAAUACCUAUGCUGAGGUUGCGGUCACACGUAAUCAGACUCCGCCCAGUGGGAGUGUCACUCUGAGCACAGACUCCGCCCUCAUCACCACCAGCUGGGAAACGGUUGUUGGCAAUUCAUAUUCAGGCUUCGCAUUUGUGGCUCUGAUCAGUUAUAAAGAUAUGAACUCAUCCAGUGAUCUGUCUCACAAGACGAGCAGAACAUUACAAGAGGAUAACAGAAAGAGAUUGCAUGUGGACAAGAAAAAAAUCACUUACCAGCUCAACUCAAAGGUGGUGACGGCUGUCGUCAGUAAUCCAGACACCAAACAUCUGUCUGAUGUGAAGUUCACAUUUACACAUGAGGAGGAGAGGGCGGAGUCUGGGGGCGUGGCUUACUCCUGUGUGUACUGGAAUGAUUCUGAGAGAGCAUGGUCUGGGCGGGGCUGUGCGAGGGAGUGGUCUAACAGCACUCAUACAGUGUGUCACUGGUCUCACCUCAGUAGUUUCGCUGUGCUGAUGGCUCUCUAUCCCAUACAGGACACUUUUGCAUCAGUGCUGAUAACGCGUGUGGGUUUAGUUCUGUCUCUGCUCUGUUUAUUCCUCUGUAUCCUGACCUUCUGCUUCUGCCGCUCAAUCCAAAGCACCCGGAACAGCAUCCACCUCAAUCUGAGCGUCUGCCUCUUCAUCGCAGACCUCGUCUUCCUCUGCGGGAUCUCCAGUACUCACAAUCAGGUGGCGUGUGCGAUUGUGGCCGGUCUGCUCCACUUCUUCUUCUUGUCUGCGUUCUGCUGGAUGCUGCUGGAGGGGGUUCAGCUCUACAGGAUGGUUGUUCUAGUUUUUCACACUACAUUAAAACAGCUGUACAUGUAUGCGGUGGGAUACGGAGUCCCUGUCGUCAUUGUCUCCAUCUCUGCCAUCGCCUUCCCAAAGGGAUACGGCACAAACAAACACUGUUGGCUUUCCCUCCAGGGUUAUUUAAUCUUGAGUUUCUUCGCACCCGUCUGCAUCAUCGUCAUCCUCAACAUUAUUGUCUUCAUCAUCACUGUGUGGAAACUGGCCCAAAAGUUCUCCAGCCUCAACCCAGACCUCUCCAAACUCCACAAGAUCAGGAGUUUUUUAGCGACCGCAGUGGCUCAGCUGUGUGUUCUUGGAGGAUCCUGGGUUUUCGGCUUCUUCCUCUUCCAGAAAAACGGUACUGAGGUCAUGUUGUACCUCUUCAUUAUCCUCAACAGCCUCCAGGGGGCGCUGAUCUUCAUCAUGCACUGCCUGCUGUCUAAACAGGUGAGAGUGGAGUAUCGCAAUCUGUUUUUGCGAAUGUGUCCUUAUAAAAAGAAAGGAGACUACAGUGUCAGUACAGAGCCAUCCCACAGCAGUCAGAAACCUCUACAGAGAGAUCAGAGCACAGGAGAGUCACAAGUGUGAGGUCCUGGUUUAUUAUUAUUAUUGAACACAUGAAGUCUUUCUGUGACAAAUGAAGAGUUUAACAGGAAUACUGCAGAAGUGGUUCAUCAUCCAGAUUUCAGUCUUAAAACAUCCGUGUUUUGGUAUCUUUGGCUUUGCUUGGUUUGUGUGCAAGUGAAUUUAUAUGAUAUUUUAGAUUAUGCAAAAAGCUGCUUUUUUGAAAUGAUGUAUUGCAAUGGGGCAGGUUUAACUCCUUUAAAUCUUUUCAACUAUGGAAAAUGAAAGAGAAACUGUAGUUGGGUUCAGAAUUCACCAAUGAGAGCUUUGCAACUUAUAUCUAAUGAGAGAGACUGGUUAUUAAAAAUGUUGUAAUAUAUGAUGGUAAAAGUAUAUGUUGCUUGUCAGCUUUAUAGCAUCAUUUUGUUUAAAUAUGUUCUACACUCUGAAAAAACACUGGGUUGUAUUAACCCAACAUUUAAGCAAUAAUGCAUAAACCCAAUGUGCUAAUAUGUUUUUUGUAAUUUAAAUUACUUUUUCUAAACCCAACUGUUGGGUUUGUCCAUUUUUGACUUGGGUUGAGUUAAAGUAUCCCUGAAUUUUUAGAGUAACUAUGCCAAUAAUAGGAUUAUUUCACAUAUUGUGAUGAUACAUUGACAGCUUUUUUUAAUAAACUAGUAACCGUUUUAUUACAUAUAUAUUUUUAUAUCUAUAUAUUUUAACAUUGAACCUAUUUCCUACUUUGUUGUAUUAACAUGGCAUUAACACGAACUGAUUUUCUUUCAAGUAAUUUCCAGUAAAAAGGAAUAAAACCAAUGCAGAGUAUUGUAAGGAGGAAAAUGUCUUAAGACAGUUGUUCUUGAAUACUGAAAAAAACACUGAAAUUUUUGUGCAUUGGCACUCACUGAUAUUCAACUUCCAAAUAAACUGAAGAUUUAUAGAAGAAA